AUGCAACAACAACCACAAGGAUUCGUCUCCGAUCAGCAACAACAAAUGAUUCACAAUCUCUUCACAAAAUGUUCUGAAUAUAUUUCUCAACACGAUUGUUUUUCUCUUCUUUCACAAUCGAAUUGGAAUUAUGAAUGGUGUGAAAGAAUCAUGUACACAAUUCCACACGUAAUAUUUUCACAAACUUUGAUUCCGAAAGAAUUAGGUCUUCGCCUCAUACUUUCCGAAUCUAAUUGCAACGAAGAAACAUGUCAACUCUAUGUCAAUAUGGUACUAGAUUUUGCUCACAAAACGAAUCUAAAUUGGUAUUUGUGUAUGGAUUGCUUGAGCCAAGCAAAGUGGAAUGCAGAAUUAGCUUUUGAAAUGUUUCAACGAUGCAAACAUGAAAUACCCGAGAAUGGAUUUGUAUACUCAUCAUCAUCAUCAACAAUUGCUGUAAAUAAUAAUGAAGAUUUUCAAGACAGUGGAGAUGAAAGUGAGAACAUUACUUCUCAUGUUGUAAACAGUAAUAACAUUAUGACGUCAUCAUCAACGACAGCAUCACCAUGCAUUGGAGGAGUUCUUUUAAAUUCAAGUCAACCAUUGUCGACAUCGGCUUGUGACAACUCAACCAUGUUGGACAAUGACAACAUACAUGAAAAUACUCCAGAAAGCUCUCCCAAUGAAAGCGCGAAUAUCUUGAAUACUGGACGAAUAUCAAUUAUAAGUAAUUAUUUCUAA